AUGGUGGUUUUCAAUGACCCAGCCUACAAUUCUCGGACUUGGCACUCUUUCCUGAUCUAUCAAACAGCCAACAUAGUUGUGCUCUUAUAUAAUAUUUUUGCGAUGAAAAGAACUUCAUGGAUACAUGAUGUUGGAUGUACGUACCCCUUGUUUGCCUUCGCCUGGUGUCUGCCACUUACACAAAGACCAGUUGUCGUGUCGAUAUCUUCAUUCCUAGUAAUCUUCAUAACAUGUUUGGCACGUGCUCCUCACAUGCAGACAUCUCAGUUUGUGUGGACGACAUUCAUCAAUCAAUCAGGAUGGAAAUCUGAUGGGGUGGCCUUCUUGACUGGACUUAUUAAUCCAAAUUAUGUUUAUGCUGGCAUCGACGGCGCAAUCCAUCUUGCCGAGGAAUGUGGCAAUGCCACCACUGCUGUUCCAUAUGCCCUAAUGAGCACUCUGGCCAUUGGAUUCCUAACCUCUUUUGCAUUUGUGGUUGCGAUGUUCUACUGCAUGAGUGACAUGGAGGCCGUCAUCCACACAGCUACUGGUGUGCCAAUCUACGAGAUAUGGGUACAAGCUACACGCUCUAACGUAGCCCCGACGGUAUUCAUUUGCUUAUUGGCAUGUAUCGCACUCUUCUCCCUGAAUGGGUGUCAGCAAACAGCAUCCCGUCUGACAUGGGCGUUUGCGCGCGAUAAUGCUUUGGUCAUGUCGAAGUACCUUGGAGUCAUCAACCCGAGGUUUCAAGUCCCGAUAUAUGCUUUAUGUGCAAACUCAGCCGUGAUAUUCAUCAUUGGCUGUAUUUACCUUGCAUCUUCUACGGCUUUCAAUGCCUUGAUCGGGACUGGGCUAGUCUUACAACAGGUGUCGUUUUGUUUCCCAGCAGCUCUACUUCUGUAUAGGCGUCGAUCAGCUACAUAUCUGCCUUCCACUCGAUCCUUUAAGCUGGGUAUCUUGGGAUGGGUGUCCAACUUUGUUACUGUGGCUUUCGGUUGCGUUGUCCUGAUUUUUUACAAUUUCCCAUCCAAGAUGCCAGUCUCUGGUGGAAAUAUGAAUUAUACAUGUGUUGUUAUCGGGACAAUGGCCCUGUUCUCGUUGUGCAAUUGGCUCUUCUAUGCAAGGAAGCAUUAUCAAGGUCCACGACUUCCUACGGAUCUCAAUUAA